AUGCCUUUCAAAAAGCUCAGGAAGAAAUUGAAGAUUUUGUUUUCCUUCAGAGUGAGACCUGCCACUCACGCGAAAUUCCACGAGCCAACAGCAUCUCAAAUCGCCCCUCAAAGGGGAAAUGAUAACCUGCUCCAAGUGGCUGAGACCGAGGGGGCUUUGAAAACCUCUCAGGUCCCUUUGUCGUUGGAAAACCUACCAGCUGAGCUCCGACGUCAUAUCCUUUCGAUGGUGGAUGUUGACAGCCUCAAGACCCUGGUGCAAGCCUCGCCUAUUUACUUUCACCAAUACCGACUAGAUCGCAAGCUUUUGCUCUGUCAAAGCCUGGAGUCCACACUGGGUAGCGUGACUGCUGAUGCAUAUGCAGUUCACAAGUUCAGCUCCAUAAAAGUUGCAACGCGACGUAAUCCAGAAGGAGUCCAAAAUCCUUUCACGUCCUACCAUAUGAUAAGGUCUCAAGUUUGGUCUGCACCUCUCUACAAAGUGCUCAGCAUGGAAGAGGUCACAUCUAUGGUCAAAUUUCAUUGCUCAAUUGUUCAACCCUUGAUGCGAUGCUUUGUGACAAGAGCAUCGAGUGAUCUCACUAAGAAGACAAAAGGAUCCCAGAUUGAAGAGACUUCGAGCAGGACAGAAGAGACACGACUGAUGCGCGAGAUUGAGGAGAUUUUGAGCAGGACAGAAGAUACACGACUGAUGUGCGCUUUUUAUCGAUUCCAACUCUGUUGCAAUAUUUAUGGCCUCGAAUCGCGUGAUUCUGUCUCCCUUAAUAGAAGGAUCGCCACCCCUGGUCGCAUUCUCAAAUACUUCUUAUGUACCUUUGACCCCUGGUUGGUAAAACAUGUAUCCUGUCUCAGUUACUUCACUGAAGAGAAGUUCCAGCAGAUUGUCCACAAAAUUACACGGGAUCUGGGAGAAAGGAGCCCCGGAUUUGAUGGUAAUAUCCGCAGUGAUGAUAGGUUACUCAAGACACCGAUAUGCCACGGCCUCGAGCUGCUACACUUCGUCUAUUCCAAGAUCAAAGAUACCGAAGAUAACGAUCAGCUGAUUACGGUGACGAAGUAUUCCAUGAUCUGGCGUUUCAGCGGCUUUCUCGAGGAUACUCACAGCGUCUUCGACGUUUGCUUACGAUGGCAUACACUGCGUUUAGCCCUGGGUAUAGCACCAGGGACGCCAUUGAACCAUUACGCUCUUCCAAGGUGA